CUUGGUCAGGCGUACUCGGAGCGGGUUCGUGGGUCGCCGGCUGCUGCGGGGAAAGGCGGGGAGUGGGGGGCAGCUGUGCUGCGGGGGCACGCACGCAGGCGCGCACCCGUCUCUGGAUCCGCCAUGGCAGGAUCCGCGCAGGGGCCGCUCGGGAGGUUGCGGCACCUGUGCGGCCGCUACCAGGACUACGUGAAGCGACACCCGGCGGCCACAGCUCAGCUGGAGAGCACCGUGCGCGGCCUCUCUUACCUGUUGCCAGGUCGGUUUUCUGACUCUCAUGAACUGUCUGAGCUGGUUUAUUCUGCCUCCAAUUUGCUGGUGCUGUUGAAUGACUGGAUCCUUCGGAAAGAGCUGCAGCCCCCUCUUUCUGUGGCACUUCCCCAGCAGAAACUGUUGACAUGGCUGAGUGUCAUCGAAUGCGUGGAGGUCUUUGCUGAGAUGGGGGCAGCCAAGGUGUGGGGCGAGACUGGCCGGUGGGCCAUCAUUGUCCUCAUCCAGCUGGCCAAGGCCAUCUUGCGCCUCCUGCUCUUGCUGUGGUACAAAACUGGCAUCCAGACAUCUCCUCCUAUUGUGCCUCUAGACAGAAGGCAGUCAUUGCAGCAGAAAGAUAUGGAGGUAAACUCAAUAGGGAAGGAGCGGAUAUAUGUGGGGAAGCGCUGUAGCCGUGUUGUGAGAUCUCUCGAUAGCACCCCAUCCCUGCACUCCAGACAUUGGGGAGCACCUCAGCAAAGGGAGGAGAAGCAGAACCGAAGAGCAAUGGAGACAGACCAGCUGCCAACCCCUUUGAGCGCCCAGGAAACAGUUGCUGAGUCCAUCUACAUUACCCGCCCGUUGCUCCACUUGGUGAGCGUAGGCUUAUGGGGACAGAGAUCUUGGAGACCCUGGCUCCUUUCAGCAGUCUUGGAUAUCUCAAGUUUGAGUUUACUGAGUGACAUGAAAGAUCUCAACAAGCGCGAGCGUGUGGAGCUGAGGCGUCGGACUCUCCUGCUGCUGUACUACCUGCUGAGAUCUCCUUUCUAUGAUAGAUACUCUGAGGGCAGGAUCCUCUUUCUGCUGCGCCUGCUGGCAGAUUACGUCCCUGGAGUUGGCUUAGUCACUCGGCCACUGAUGGACUACUUGCCAGCCUGGCAGAAAAUUUAUUUCUACAACUGGGGUUGAUUUGGCCUCAGCUCAGGUUAUUGCAACCAGAGGGCGCUCAGGCUAAAAGCAGAGGCUUGUGGUGGUGGAUGACUUUAUACAGUGGGAGGCAACCUUGAGACUUUAAAGAACAGCAGCAGCAGCAGCAGCAACACAACAUGUGUCUUUCUAUGGCUUAUGCUAAUGAUUACCGAGAGAAGAGUAAGGGCUCUUCUGACAUCUUUUUUUUUUUUAUGUAUCUCCCUGUGAACUAAGAAUGCUACAAAGAGUAGGUCUUAAGGUUCCUAUGCUACUCCUCUCUCCAUUCUGAUAUAUGGUUUUGGAUCUCAUGGGGCUUAUGGAGGGGGACCCUUUUUUUUGGUAUGUAUUUUCUAUGGCUAUGAAUGAAUAAAGCCGGGAGUCGGCAGUGCUUUUGGGCUAA